CUCCAGCAGACAUUUAUACUCCAGACGCCCAUAAUCCCCUCGAUGGCAGCGAUAAAGGCUUUUCUGCUUCCAUGCCAGCGCCAUACCCCGUCCCAGGUCCCCGUCUCAGGUGAACCUAAGAUUACGGAUUCCACCCGGUCUUGCUUGAUUUUCUCCAAGGACCCUGUUCUCCAUUCUACAGUCCUCUUCAUUUCCUAACAAUCCUGAGCUAUCUCGCGAUGUCCCCCGUUGCGACCGACUUCCCUGUGCUUGCGGGCUUGCUUUCCUCGAACGCUCAGUGGGCAGAGGACAUUAACGGCAAGAAUCCCGAC